GCCCAGAGCCCGGGGCCUGCUUUGAGCCCAGAGCCCAGGGCCCAGGAAAGCCCUCAGGGGGCCGCUGCUUCCCCAGCCUGACCAGAGGCCUGGCCGGGCGGAGGAGGAGGAGUCAGGACUACAAGGAGCAGCUGUGAAGGCAGCGACUGAGGACGAGCAGGCAUAGACUUCUGAAGCCGGCCUGCUCCUUAACGUGGUGAGCGGGUUCCUAGGCUCCGAGACAGAACCAUGUUCCGGAUGGUGUCCAAGGUUCGUGCCUUCUUCAGGAGGAGAGCAGACUCGGAGGUCGAGAAGGAGCUGUCAGUGAGCCUGCUGGAAGAUGACACCGAUUUCAAAACUACACAAGGAGCAGUGGCAAGUGCCAGUGGUGAUUAUGGCUUGACUGAUGAGUGUAUCAAGUACGGUACUGAAAUAACUGAUACUGUGCUUCUGAGCUCUGAGCAAAAUGUUACUCCUGUUGUGGAAGAAGAUGAAACAUCUCAGGAAUUGAAAGCCACUAACGUGGAUGAUUUCUGCGAUAACCUCCACAGUGAACAAUCAGAACCCCAUAGCAGAGAUUCAUUUGGCUGUCUUAACUCUCUAAUGGGUGGUGCUGACUCCAUUAAUUCCACAGGUUACUUCUCUGUACACAUUGAUUGCAAAGAUUUUGAGCCGUAUCCAGGUGACAAUGUAGAAGUUGUGUUUUCUGUCCAGCAAGAGACGCAGAGAAGAAAGGUCCUUUCAGUGAGGCCUCGAAGACACAAGCAUGUGCAUGAGGUGUGCAUUACUAGUGUACAUGGAAGAAACGGGGUGAUAGAUGAUGCCAUCUUCUUCACCUUGGAUUCUCUGAUACUUCCUGAUGGAUACGUGCCUCAAAUCCAUGAUGUCGUCAAUGCUGUGGUAGUGGAGAGUGUUCAUGCAGGCUAUAUUUGGAGAGCAGUCUCUAUCACCCCUGUGGCAACAGAGUAAAAGCGGAAUCUGUUUAUUCUCUGUGCAUCCUUUCUUCCAUGGGUAGUACAGGUUCCAGAGCAAAUGUGUUUUGAAAAAAAAUAAAUUAAUAAAUCUCAGUAAUUAUUUCUCAGACAGGUAUUCAAAUCCUCAGUGUGUUGGCUAAAAGAAUUCUAUGUUCUUAAGAAUGUUCAUAGUUUUUCAUGAUUAAUU